AUGGAAAUUAGAGUUUUGCAUAGAAAAAGAUCAGAUUAUGCCCCGGAAGGGCCUAACGAAAGGCCGAAACCAAUGAGAAAUCCGGAUCCAGAACUUCACCCAUUCUCAAGGGUAAGGAAAACGGCGAGAGAAUACACGAGAGCACUUAUCGCAACAAAGAUGGAUAAAAUGUUCGCUAAACCGCUAAUAUCGGUAUUAGAAGGACACAUAGACUCAGUAAAUACAAUGGCAGUCAGUAGAACGAGGCUGGCAGAUCUGUUCACAGGAUGCUGCAAAGGAGAAGUGAGAAUGUGGAAUCUGCUGAAAAAGCAAAGAGGAAAGAUAAUAGGAAGGCACGAAGGAUUCGUUAACGGUUUAUGCACAAAUAACGAUGGAACUCUUUUGUACUCGUGCGGAAACGAUAAGUACCUGAAGUGCUGGAAAGUGAGAGACGUUAGCAAGGUAGAAGAGCUGGAAGACGAGGAAGCAGAGUCAUUAAGAGAAUAUAACAAGCCACUAAUAGAAGAAUAUAAAGCGAAGUCAGAGCCGGCACACGCAUUCCUGUCGAGUAGCAUACUUAACGGACUGGAUCACCACUGGUCAAGUGACCUGAUAGCAACAGCAGGAGACGAACUGGACAUAUGGGACGGGUCAAGAAGCCUACCAAUCAUGAAGUUCGAAUGGGACUGCCAAUCACUGUACUGCGUUAAGUUCAACCCAUCAAACGUAAGCAAAAAAGCAAAUAAAAGUAAUCAGUUCAACGUGCUAGCGUCAACAGGAGCAGAUAACUCAGUGGGUCUGUACGAUAUAAGAGCAAACACACCAAUAAGAAAAGUUAUACUGAGGCUGAGGUCAAACGCAGUGAGCUGGAACCCACAGAAUCCAAUCAACUUCACAGUGGCGAACGAAGAUUCUAAUUUAUACACAUUUGACACAAGGAAGCUGCAAAAGGCACUAAUAGUGCACAAGGACUUCACAAACUCAGUAACGGACGUGGAUUACAGCCCAACGGGGAAGGAAUUCGUAGCAGCCUCGUUCGACAAAUGUAUACGGCUGUUCACAAUGGAAGGAAGAAGCAGAGAAGUCUACUCAAACAGAAGGAUGCAAAACGUGCUGUGUUGCAGAUUUUCGCUGGAUGGAAGAUUCGUAUGCUCAGGAAGCUCAGACAUGUGCGUGAGAAUAUGGAAAUCAAAUGCAUCAGAACCGAUGGGACCACGAACGUAUAGAGAACAAGUGACUUUGAACUAUCGAAACUCACUGAAGGAAAAGUAUAAAGCAUUGCCGGAAAUAAGAAGAAUUCAGCGACACCACCACGUGCCGAAGCUAGUGCUCAAGGAACAGAAGCAAAGACAGGAGAAGAUCACAGCGAAAAGAAGAAAAGAGAUAAAUAAGGCACUUCACACGAAGGAGACAAAAAUAGCGCAGGAGAAGGAGAAAGCAAUAUUGAACCAAAGAGAAUAA